CUCUGGGAAAAAAGUUGCAUCAACACAACAUGGCGACUACCAUGGACUCUCCGACCGUCGAUUGGAAAGCUGUUGUUUUGGAUCAGAUAAAAAAGAGAAAUGAACGAGAAUCGGGCAAAUGUAAAGCAGUAUUCGAAUCACAUAAUAAACUUUUCAGCAACCUCGAUUUGUCACGAACUCAAAACAUCCAGCUGCAGAUACAGGUAGAAAAACUCAAACAGGAGAAUGCAGAGCUACAGAUCAAAGUCCAAUCAGGGGCUGGCAACUCAGGAACGAAAGGAGAGAAGACCCAAGCGCUGGAGCAGAAAUUAUACAAAGUCCAGGAAGAACUGACUGAUUUGCAUCGCAAAAGAGGAGAGAAUGCCCAACAGUUGAUUGACCUCAGUGCACUGGUGCAAGAGAAAGACAAGGAGUUACAACUCAGAGAGACGAGGUUACAAGAAUCUGAAAUCAAGAUCAGCGCCUACGAAGAUGAGCUGAAGAACCUGGAGGUAGCUCUGAUGGAACUUCAGAAAGCUAACGACAUGUUGAAGGACGAAUACGAGACGCUACAGCUCCUGUACAGCACCACAGAGGAGACGAUACGCAAAGUGAGAGAUGAGAACACCGAUCUGGUGAUGCGCUGGAUGAAGGAGAAGUCGCAAGACGCCCUCAAGAUGAACCAGGAGAACGAGACGUGGCAGAAGAGGAAACAAGAGGAGAUCCAGAAGAAGCUGGUGGAGGCGGCCAGGGAAAAAGAAGUGGAAGUGGAAGACUGUGGACCACGAUUUCCAAAUUCACCAACGUUGCCAUCCCCUAUUGGAAUCUGCAUCAGUGCUUCAGUACCUGACAAAGCCAUCUUUCAACUAGACGCACAUGAUGGUGAAGUCAACGCUGUGAGAUUCUGUCCAUCGGGGCGGACGUUUGCCACUGCUGGGCACGACAGAAAAGUCAAACUAUGGGAGUUUAUGAAUAUAUCUGGGUCCUGUCACGCUAAAGGCAGCUUAGCGGGGAGCAACGCGGCCGUCAUGUGCAUAGACUUUGAUCAACAGGAGCAGUUUGUACUCGGAGCGUCCAACGAUUUCGCAACGAGAGUAUGGGGGGCACAAGACCAUAGGUUACGGCACACUUUAACAGGUCACGCCGGUAAAGUACUAGCAGCGAGGUUUUUAGGUGAUUCAAAUAAAGUGGUUUCAGGAAGUCAUGACAGAACUCUCAAAAUCUGGGAUCUUCGGAGUCGAGCAUGUAUUAAAACUAUAUUUGCCGGGUCAAGUUGCAAUGAUCUUGUCACGAGCGACGGGAGGGGAACGAAUAUCAUCAGCGGCCACUUCGAUAAAAAAAUACGGUUCUGGGACACAAGGUCAGGCGAUGCGAGGGCAAAUGAGUUUGAACUCUCAGGUAAAAUAACGUCGCUAGAGUUGAGUCCAGACAGACAGUAUCUCCUGUCAUGCUCAAAGGACGACUCUCUCAAGUUCAUUGACCUCAGACAGAACAGGGUGGCUGGAACAGUCUGUGCUGAGGGGUUUAAAGUAUUCUUAGAUUACACCAGGGCGUCGUUGAGUCCUGAUGGACAGUACGCAGCUUGCGGGUCACAAGAUGGCGCUAUUUAUAUAUGGAGUAUGGUGACGAUGAAGCUUGAAAAGACGAUAAAGGAACAUAAUGCACCAGUCAUAGCAGUGACAUGGCAUCCGCAAGGGAAUAAAUUAUUGAGCUGCGACCGUAACAAGAAGGUGAUCAUGUGGGCCGACUUCUAAAGGGCACCCUCUACUGGGCAGCUAUCAUUCUUCGCAAAUAAGGCAAGACGAAAUAAUAAUCUUAUUAAUCAGGUCGUAAAAAUCACGCAACAUAUUUCAAUAACAACUUUGUUGCUUUUGACGUUUGUAUAAUUUAUGAUUUUUGGUUUACUUUUUCUAACAAGCAAGAAUCAAUCUACAUGUAUAAAAUUGAUUGUAACGUUCGGCAAGCAAAUAUUCAAAGCUGGGAAAAAAUGCAUGUAUU